CACGAGUAAAUUUCGUCUCUGAAAGUGCGAUAACAAAAUACUGGCCCUGCCCGGUGCAGCCCUGCUAUCUCCUCUCUCUUUCGCCGUUUGACAGAUUUCCGUUAAGCCAUGGCCGACACACAAGCCAAGUCCGCUGCGCCCAAGGCCGCUAAGGCUCCCAAGGCCGCCAAGGCCCCCAAGGCAGAGAAACCCGCCGCCACCGAGGCUAAGGUCUCCAAGGUGGCCAAGAAGUACAAGCGCCACGGACGCCUCUUCGCCAAGGCUGUCUUCACCGGCUACAAGCGCGGUCUGAGGAACCAGCACGAGAACCAGGCUAUCCUUAAGAUCGAGGGUGCCCGCCGCAAGGAACACGGUGAGUUCUACGUCGGCAAGCGUUGCGUCUACGUCUACAAGGCUGAGACCAAGAAGUGCGUGCCACAGCAUCCCGAGCGCAAGACCCGCGUCCGCGCCGUCUGGGGCAAGGUCACCCGCAUCCACGGUAACACCGGCUCCGUGCGUGCCCGCUUCAACAGGAACCUUCCUGGUCAUGCCAUGGGACACCGCAUCCGUAUCAUGCUGUACCCAUCAAGGAUUUAAGUUAAAAUUUAACUUAAGUUAAUGACCUGCAAGAUUAAAAAAUCCGUUUUAUAAUAAAUGAAACAAUUUAAAUUUAACUUCAAA